UGAGAGAGGACUCAGUGAGCGCAAGAGGAGGAGGACCGUCACACAGCAGCCGAGCAGCAGCCUCCAAACAUCUCAUCCUUUUGACAUUAAAAGACAGUUUAUUUUUUACAGCGUGUGCCUUUAUAUAUACAUGUAUAAUCUCCGCUAUCUGCAGACAACACAGUGUGCUGUUACAUCUGAGGUAAACGGCCUCAUCCAACCAGCAUUUGGGAGAUAAACCCAAGGAGUUGUUCUCCUCUCCGAGCGCAAGGCUUGCAUCGUGGCUCUGUCAGAAGCGGCAUGUUCGAGGGAUACCGCGGACACUAUUGAACUCCUGCUUUCACCCAAAGAGGAUUCAAUGAAAAUGUCCGUGUGUGUCCAUGAGAACCGGAAAUCCCGAGCCAGCACUGGCUCGAUGAACAUCUACCUGUUCCACAAGUCCUCCUAUGCGGACAGUGUCCUCAUGCACCUCAACUCGCUGCGGCAGCAGCAGCUUUUCACGGACGUCCUGCUUCAUGCAGGCAGCCGCUCCUUCCCCUGCCACCGGGCCGUGCUGGCUGCCUGCAGCCGCUACUUUGAGGCCAUGUUCAGCGGUGGGCUGAGGGAGAGCCAGGCCAGCGAGGUCGACUUCCGUGGCUCCAUCCACCCGGAGGUUUUAGAGCUCCUGCUGGAUUACGCGUACUCGUCACGUGUGGUCAUCAACGAAGAGAACGCAGAGUCACUAUUGGAGGCUGGGGACAUGCUAGAGUUUCAGGACAUCCGGGAUGCCUGUGCUGAAUUCCUAGAGAGAAACCUUCACCCGUCUAACUGCCUUGGCAUGCUGUUGCUGUCUGACGCCCACCAAUGCACCAAGCUGUCAGAGCUCUCCUGGGGUAUGUGCCUCAGCAACUUCCCCGCCAUUUGCAAGACAGAGGACUUCCUCCAACUGCCCAAAGAUAUGGUGGUGCAGCUUUUGUCACAUGAGGAGCUAGAGACUGAAGAUGAGAGACUGGUUUAUGAAGCUGCCCUUAACUGGAUCAACUAUGACCUGGAAAAGAGGCACUGCCACCUUCCAGAGCUCCUGAGGACGGUUCGUCUGGCCCUGCUGCCCGCCAUCUUUCUCAUGGAGAACGUUUCGACAGAAGAGCUGAUCAACGCCCAGCCCAAGAGCAAGGAGCUGGUGGAUGAAGCCAUCCGCUGUAAGCUGAAGAUCCUGCAGAACGAUGGCGUCGUCAACAGCCCGUGUGCUCGACCGAGAAAGACCAGCCAUGCCCUAUUUCUUCUGGGAGGGCAGACUUUCAUGUGCGACAAGUUGUACCUGGUGGACCAGAAAGCCAAAGAGAUCAUCCCGAAGGCUGACAUACCCAGCCCCAGGAAGGAGUUCAGCGCCUGCGCCAUCGGCUGUAAGGUGUACAUCACUGGUGGGAGAGGCUCAGAGAAUGGUGUGUCCAAAGAUGUGUGGGUCUACGACACCGUCCAAGAGGAAUGGUCGAAGGCGGCGCCCAUGCUCAUUGCCAGGUUUGGCCAUGGCUCUGCGGAGCUGAAACACUGCCUCUACGUGGUGGGAGGUCACACGGCAGCAACCGGCUGCCUCCCGGCUUCUCCGUCUGUAUCACUCAAACAGGUGGAGCAGUAUGACCCGGUGGCAAACAAGUGGACCAUGGUUGCUCCUUUGAGGGAGGGUGUGAGCAAUGCAGCAGUGGUCAGCGUCAAGCUCAAGCUCUUUGCCUUCGGAGGAACCAGCGUCACCCACGACAAGCUGCCCAAGGUGCAGUGCUACGAUCCGCAGGAGAACCGAUGGUCUGUGCCCGCGUCCUGCCCGCAGCCGUGGCGCUACACGGCCGCCGCCGUACUGGGAAACCAGAUCUUUGUCAUGGGUGGGGAUACAGAGUUCUCAGCAUGCUCGGCUUAUAAAUUCAGCAGUGAGAGCUACCAGUGGACUAAAGUGGGCGAUGUGACGGCCAAGCGGAUGAGCUGCCAGGCCGUGGCAUCGGGGAACAAACUGUACGUGGUGGGGGGGUACUUUGGCACACAGCGGUGUAAAACUUUGGACUGCUAUGACCCCACGUUGGACGCCUGGAACAGCAUCACUACUGUGCCAUACUCGCUCAUUCCCACUGCUUUCGUCAGCACCUGGAAACAUCUGCCUGCUUGAGCCCCAAACCCUCUACCUACACCCUUUCCAUGAGAUUUCCCUGUUUUGCAUCAUCUACUGGACUCCAACUGUGUCAUCUUCCUCUGAAAGAGACGCCGAGCAGUGAUGUACAGACACCCGCAUUCAUCUUGAUGUCGCAAAAAGACGCAGAAGCUGGACAGAAGCCGGACUCUUUACUGGAAUGAUGUCGUCUCUCAUUUCCGAGAAAGGAAGCUGAGGCAUACCGUCCAGUACAAACAUACCAAACAAACUGCUGCUUGUUAUACGACGCACAAACUCCAACCUUGUGUACAUCUGGCAUAUCAGGCUUUCACGCUGCCAUAUGAGGACUGCAAACAUAUCACACAACCUGCAUAUUUUUCCCCUCAUUUAGUCAUGACAGGCUUGUGAGGAUCUGUAUUGAUGUUUUUCUCUAUGAUAAAAAAAAAGUAGAAAAAAAAUACUCUUUUCAUCGAGGCUGCAAUGUAUAGCAUGAUGGAUGUUCUAUUAAGAUUGAGGGAGGGAGGAUGCAAUGAUUGGUGUGCUAAAGAACAGUUUGAAUAUAGCUGCUUUAUAAAAAGGCACAAUGAAGGAGCAAAUCACCUUCUCUCCUCUAAUAAGCUCUUUUGUUUUACCCCUUUUUUAUUCUUCUUUCAAAGACGCGCUCUGACACAGAAACAAACCCUCAAGUGUUCCUCUUAUGAAGGCUUUGGCAGUUUGCUGUCACUGCGAGCCACGAGGUGUUGACGACCAACACCAGCUGAGGUUGAGGAGGAUGGAGGGGGAUCUGUGCGUGGUGGUGGUGUGGGGUUGGGGGUCGAUGUGCCUCGGGGUCACGACCUUACAUGUUUGCUUUUUCGCAGCUACGCAUUAACGCCCGGUUAACUAACCCACUGUACACAGGGGCGGUAUUCAGUGUUUCAGAAAGAAACACUGUCACAUUCAGCUGUACACUUAACGCUGUAAAAGACCGGCUGUGCUUCUGUUAUUCUGAUAAAAGCAGUUGCCUGCUUUGCUGAGUCAUAGCUGAACCCUUUCUAAGAGCAUGUCCACUCAUAGUGAUUCAGUAAAACUGGCAUGAACUCCUCUCUGUGGUCACAGAAAUCUCGUCACCUUAAUCUAAACUGAGAAUGAAUCAGUUUCUUUUUUGCUGCAAAUGUAGUCUUAAUUUAUAUGACAAUGCUUACUCUGUUAUGUUAAUAUGUUUAAUCCUAUUUAUUUCCUCUCUGCCUGCAUUCUGAUGUGAAUGUAUGUUUCGGGUUGUGU